AUGUAUAAAUGCGGGAUUGGAAAGCUAUCUGGUACAGAGUGCGGUUCAGUUACUGUGAAGGAUACAGUAAUUAACGAAUAUCAAGCGUUAAGUGAUUGUCAGCGCGAUAUUACGGGUCACUUGGAAAUGUUGAAAAUGCGUGGAGAGGACGUGUUGUCUGAGAAAGAGUUGAUUUUACUGAGAGCAGGUGAGAACAUUUUGAUAUCCCUUACAUCUGUCAUUGAAGGGGUGUUCAUGGUCGACUUAAAUUUGUAUUAGGAGUAUUUUCGGGAACCGCUGAAGUAGACUUCAUGGUGUGUCCGAAACAUCGAGAUACCUUUGGUAUAAAAUGGAGAGGGCGUAAGAAGAUUUGCCAGGUACCGGAGGGGGUCGCAUCUCACCGCUCAAAAAAUCACACGGGUGAUCGCACUAUCAGUAGGAAGCUGUCAGAGGAAAUCUUCAACAGGACUGGAUCACUUAUACCCAUCGGCUCAGGUAUUCAACUGUAUUAUUUUUCUUUAUUAGAAAUGUUGCACUAACUACCGUAUUCACUAACAAAGCCAUUCUCGAAUGUUAUCUUUCUUUAAGCAAUCUGUCGGCAGUGUCGUGAAAAGCUGAACACAAGCAUCACAACACAUCAAAAGAAUUCACAAGAGGUGAGGGAAAAUAGUGAACGUAAUGACUAUAGUUGUUUCCUUAUGGCUGUUAAGCCGACUGAUCCUUCUUUUUUCGUUUUUUGUCCUCUCCUCAACACCUAUAGAGCCGCAGGCAACUAUUGUGUUGGGUAGCCUGUGGCGAUAAGCUAGUAAUGGGGCAGACUCGUACCCAGUCGUUGCGUUAGGCGUGGACAAAUCAAGGGACAGGGCAGAAAAAAACGAGAGAGGGCAUUGCCCUGGCCAAUUUUGUGAAAGAAUAGUUAUAAUGAUAGUGAUUAUGAUGAUGGUACUAAUGAUGAUAACAAUAUAAACAAUAGUAAAAAUUAUUUAUAAAGACAUUACACGUUUCAAGAGAGAAAGAAAUAAGAGGUAAUAGCUUUACUCUUAAAGAAGGGCCUGCAAAACGACAUCCAAACUUUGUAAAGAAUGCCGAAUGAAGACAGUUGUCGUAUAACCCACGGAAGAGGUUGUUAUGCCAUUGUCUGCUAGCACUUGUGUGAGUUUACAUUAUGUUUUCAUUUUUAACGUAGGCCACUGAGGGCGUUUCUAGAGCCAGUAAGGUAAGCUUCCCAGGAUUUAAUCAAGAAGAGGGAAUAGAAAAGAUUUCACGAGAUCUUGAGCGUUUGGCCUUUAGCCCUGACAGCAGUCUAUUCCAGCCUUCCUCGUCCCGGGAGGAGACGCAGUCCACAACAUCAACACUUGAUGACAGCAUCAGCCAAGCCACGUGUGCGCAAUACCUUAAACCUCCAGAUAACACUGACGAAGGUAAGGUAGCCGCAUUGCAAUGGUUUGUGGAUGAGUGCAGUAUUGGGCCUCUUGGGUCUAUUAUGAAGCGUCCAUGGACUGAUGCCACCUCGAAAACACGUGAAUGCUACAUCCGUAAAGCUAGUACAAUUAUCUCAGAGGUCUUAAAAACUGUAGCGCCGCAGUCCGCUCCAGAAUUGUGGGAGGCAGUGAGAGGAAAGAACGAAGUUAGCCACCUCCUUGGGUCUGUGCAUAAUGGCAGUGAUCUACUAUUAGCUGUAGUGGAGUCUUACAAGCAAGCGGACACAUCCGAGACAAGGCGUCAACUAUUAAGUCUCGUGGCCAGUAAAGUGACCUAUGCAGAACUGGUAGCACACAUACCUCGACUAACAAGAUAUGAGUUCACGGCGGCAAGACGAUACACGCUUGAGGUAGGCGCACGACUUACUGUACAGUCGGAGGCCAAACAGAUAAGAGAAAAAGCGGACCCUGCCGAAAUAGAUCACUUUCUGGACUUUAUCACGUCUUCUACAAUCGUCCAGGACCUCCCAUUUGGUCGAAAAACCCUGACAUUAAGCAGCGGCACAAAGAUCGACAUUCCCAAUGUAAUAAGGACAGUGUUGCCAUCUCGUCUGAUCAAGCAAUAUAAUCAAUAUUGCAGUGAAGUGAAUUACGCUCCACUCUCGAGCCGUACGCUGUUUAGAAUUUUGUCUGAGGCAUGUGUGGCGUCAGUUCGAAAGAGUUUACAGGGGCUAGACAGCUAUGCAGCAGAAGGCGGGCGCGGAUUUGAUGAUUUAUUAUCGCUCCUUGACACCCUGGUGAAAUAUGGGGCUAAUGAGGCUGUAAUUGCAGAACUCAAGGACAACUUUAGAUACCUAAAACAGUACAUCAAAAGUGAUUACAAGGUAAAUGAUUAGUGCCUAUAUAGAGUCUGCACAUGCAUUUUCAUCGUGCGAAGGUGUAACAGCAUGAUUGUCUCAUUCACAGAUCCACUGCUCCUUGGCUAGUACUAUUCCUGACCACUGCAGAGUAUUUGCACUCAGUGAUGCUAAAAGGGAGAGCUAUCGCCACCACUGUGAUCACCAACAUAAUCAACGUUGUGAGAGCUGCGAGACCUUGAAGACUGUAUGUAGCCAAUAAUAAGUAAACCCGGCCUAGGGCAAGAUAAUUCUAUCUAAUUAUAUCUUAUAUCUCUUUUAGUCUUUAGACUCAGUUUUGUCCUUUAUCCAGUCAACCAACCUCCCGCAGGACCUUCAGGAUGACCUCCUAUUUAAUGCAAGAACCGCAAGUGACGGAGUACGUUCCUGGAAGGCUCACCAGCUGCGCAUGGUUCACCAGGAUACAGCCAGAACAGAUAUCAUUGAUAGUCUUCAGGAGGACUCGGUGCUGAUCACACAGGAUUUCGCCAUGAAGUUCUUACCCACCCAGUACAGGGAAACGCAGGCUGAUUUCUUUGGUAAGAGAGGUAUCUCUUGGCACUUGACAGUUUGUCAGAGCAAACAGCGAGGGGAGCUGGUCGCGCAGACGUUUGUGCACAUAAUUGAGUCGGGUCUACAGGACAGCCACACAGUAGUAACCGUGAUGGAGCAUGUACUGGAAACCUUGAAGCAGGAACACUCCCAGUUAACCAGAGCUGUCUACCGCCAAGACAACGCAGGCUGCUAUCACUGGGCAAAUACCAUUUUAGCCAGCAAAAUACUGCGAGAGAGAACCAACAUCAAUCUCUACCGGAUUGAUUUCAGUGAUCCACAAGGUGGUAAAGGUCCAUGCGAUAGGAAAGCAGCGCAAAUCAAGACGCACGUGAAGCAAUACAUCAACCAAGGUCACUCCGUCACAACACCUGCUGACCUUAAGAAGGCUAUAGAGUCCGAUGAGGGCAUUGCGGGUGUGCGAGUUACGUUUGUUCCUGUUCCCAAGACCACAGUGAAAACAAAGAGAAUCAAGUGGGAAGGCAUCAGUAGUUUGUCCAACUUCGAGAUGACGGCAGCGGGUGUAAAGGCCUUCAAGGCGUACGGUAUUAGUGCAGGGAAUUUCCGAUCCUGGACGUCAUUUUCAGGUAUGUUCAACCAAAAGGUGGUAAAGGAAAAUUACUCGCGUUCGUGUUAAAAUGGAUCUCAGUCCGCUAUAUUAUACUGGUUUCAUAGCACGCACACUUUACCCAUUUGUUCUCAAAGGGGAUGCAUGGUAAUACGUAACAAUAAAGCUAUAACCCCAUGCCACUAUAUCAUAACUUAUACCCUUAUUAAUAAAAACUUGCUUAUUUUGGUCUUUUCUCUCAGGAAUACCACACGAUAACCAGUUUGAAUGGAUAGCUGAAAGGCCAGGGAAAGGAGAGUUUGUGUCAGUGAAACCUAGACAGCCAAAGCCGGCGACAUCCCAUACAGAUAGCCUACUCAAGGAGGGCUCUACCCCUGAAAUAACCAAACAAGCAAAUACCCACCUAGCUGAUAGUCUCCUGUUUCCAUGCCCAGAGGACGGAUGCACCAAGUCCUACAUGACAUACGGACGGCUUGGGCAGCACCUCAUGUACGGUAAACACCAAUUCCGUCGGACCGAGAGUGUCUCACUUAUUGAUCGAGCGAAGGUCAGUUACGCAGAGCGUCUUGAGGCUGGAGUGAGCCAUCCUGAAGUGACGAUACCGGGUACAAAAAUACACAGUGGUUCCCCUUGUCUGCCAGAGGGAUGGGCUUGUCGGGAGUCCGCCGUGCCACGCCAUCGGUUUAAUUCCAAGCAAAGGAGGUACUUGGAGGAAAAGUUUAAACAUGGCGAGACCAAGGGGAUUAAAGCAAACCCAGAUGACGUCUCGAAGGAGAUGAGAUGUUUGAGAGAUCAGAGCGGGAAGCGAAUCUUCACGGUAAAGGAGUUCCUACGUCCACAACAAAUCACCUCAUUCUUCUCUAGGAUGGCAUGUAAGAGAAGAGAUGCCACCGACUCCGAUGAUGAGGCUGCAGAAUUUGCGAGGCAGCAGGCGGCCGUCCACUCGGAUGUGAUGGAAGUGUUGCGGCAGGAAAUCACUCAUCCCUUGCUUUUCUCUGGCAAAAACCUGUGCUUGAUGACAGAGUCAGAGAUCGAAAGCCUCAAGAUCACUCAGAUGCGUUCCAUAGUUAGUCACUUUUCCAUUAAAGUUAAAGCUCGAAAGAAGAAUGUCUAUUCUGUUGCUAUUAUUGAAUUUUUGAAAAGGUGCUCCUGUAAGCAGUAA